AUGAAGCUCUUCAUCCUUCUAUCUCUGCUCUUCUGCCUUACUGUGGUCAGCGCCGGGGUGGUGGCGCCCGACUCGGACCUCCGAGGUUGGGGCGGCAAAGACAAGGACAAAGGCAAAGAUAAAGGGAAAGGAAAAGGUGGCAAAGAACCAGUUAAGGGCGGUGUACAAGCUCUACAGAAACAAAUCUCAGAUCUUCGAGAGAAAACCGCCAAAGCUAACGAUACAAUCGUUCCCUUCGAGGGCGGCAAGCUGAAAGGUCUAGUGGGGCUGCUGAAGGUAAACGAGGCGGUUGUAACGCUCGGAAACACCAUCGACCGUGGAACGGAGACUGCCGAAAAAACAGACACCCUGUCAGCGACCGAAUCGACACAGGUCGGCACACAAUUCCUUGCUCUCCAGCCUGAUAUCAACAAUCUGCUGAAUGAGCUUCAAAGCAAACGCAAGGAAUUUGACAAGGCUGGUUUCAAGAUCUUGGAUGUCAGAAGUCUCAUUCGGGACUCUGUUGCUAUCCAGAAGGAUAAAGCCGGUGAUCUGGGAGGUGCCUUCACAAAAGUACUGGACCGUCAAUUCCAGCCCAUCGCAACGCAGGUCAGCGAUCAGAUUCAGAGCAACUUCACCCAGGCCAUUGAUGAGUACAAGGGCCGCGGUGGGAAGAUCAAGAUUCCCUCCAAGGCCGUGCCAAAGCUCUCAGAUCUUCUCGCGGGAGUAGCCAGAGCCCUAGGCGUUGCUGAUACUAGCAGAGUGGUGGUAGCCGGGCCAGUCUCAGAUGCCGACCUCAUACCAAUGACCAACUUCGCCAGUGCUGAGGCUGCGUUCAUGGACAUCAACACCGCUGAUACAGCUCAAGCGAACACCGCAGCUGAGGCAGCUAUGCGGGAAACAUCGGAAAUGGACCUAUCGAGACUUGGACCAGAUGAGAACGACCUUCGUGGGAUCCCGCCUCUUGUCCUGGCUGUUUUGCGCAGAUACGAUGUUAUUUGA